UUCAGCCGUGAUGCUGAACACGGAACCUAUUCAUCUGUGAUGCUGAGCGCACAGAAUGUCCUCUGCUUCUUAAGGAAGGAGGUCCAGGAAAUGCAUCCCUGCCUCUUUGUUUGUAGCUGGUAUGAAAGAGUGCACUGAUCUAUUCAGCUGGUUCUGAAAUGGGACUGGCUGCUGCUGGAGUCCUUGAGUGUAUCCUGUGGUGACUGACAGCCACAGGGUUACACCCACAUCUCCCCAGAUGACAUAAAAUGAAUGAACUUCCCCCAGCAGUUGGGAUUGUAAGUUUGCACUUACCAGUUCACACACAGGUCCGCUGUCCGGUCAUCUUCUUCUUUGACUAAGUGGGCAAAUGACCAAGUGAUGAUGGCGAGGACUACUCUGAUGGCAAGGAACACUGACAUGCGCUGGCGCCUGCCCUUGGUUUGUCUCCUCUGGGAGGUGGCCAUGAUUGUCCUUUUUGGAGUCUUUGUACGUUUCAACCCAGAAGCAGAUGCGGCCGGCUGGGAGAAGGAGAAGCAUGAAAAGAACAUCACGAGUGAUGUCGAGAAUGACUUCUACUUCAGAUACCCGUCUUUCCAAGAUGUGCAUGUGAUGAUUUUUGUGGGCUUCGGGUUCCUUAUGACAUUCCUUCAACGCUAUGGCUUUGGGGCCGUUGGGUUCAACUUCCUUCUUGCUGCCUUUGGGAUCCAGUGGGCUAUCCUGAUGCAAGGAUGGUUCCAUACGUUUGAGCAAGGGAAGAUACUCAUUACAGUGGAAAGCCUGAUUAAUGCGGAUUUCUGUGUGGGUUCCGUCUGCAUUGCCUUUGGUGCCGUCCUGGGUAAAGUCAGCCCUGUGCAGCUGCUGAUCAUGACCUUGUUUCAAGUGACUCUCUUCUCCGUGAAUGAAUACAUCCUACUGGAUCUGCUCCAUGUUAAAGAUGCUGGUGGAUCCAUGACCAUCCACACAUUUGGCGCUUACUUUGGGCUAAUAGUGACCACCAUUUUGUACCGACCCAACCUGGAGCAGACCAAAGAUAAGCAGGGUUCUGUCUACCACUCAGACCUCUUCUCUAUGAUAGGCACCUUAUUUCUGUGGAUGUACUGGCCCAGUUUCAACUCAGCUGUUUCCGAUCAUGGGGAUGCCCAGCACCGGGCUGCCAUCAACACCUACUGUUCUCUGGCAGCUUGCGUCCUCACUUCCGUGGCCUUCUCCAGCAUGUUGCAAAAGAAAGGCAAGCUGAACAUGGUCCACAUCCAAAAUGCCACCCUGGCAGGGGGCGUGGCUGUGGGCACUUCAGCAGAAAUGAUGCUGACCCCAUACGGCUCCCUCAUCGUCGGCUUUAUCUGUGGCAUUGUGUCUACCGUCGGGUUCGUCUACUUCACGCCUUUCUUAGAGUCCAAGCUGAACAUCCAAGACACGUGUGGCAUCCACAACCUUCAUGGAAUGCCAGGGUUGAUUGGAGGCAUUGUGGGGGCCGUCACAGCUGCUUCUGCCACUGAAGGCAUCUACGGGAAGGAAGGGCUUAUCCGUGCUUUUGACUUCACAGGAGAAUUCAGCCACAGGACGCCCAGUGUCCAAGGCGGGUUCCAGGCAGCUGGCAUGGCUGUAUCGUUGGGCAUGGCCUUGGCAGGAGGGGCCAUUGUAGGUGGCAUUUUGAAACUGCCUUUCUUUGGAGACCCCACAGAUGAAAACUGCUUUGAGGAUAAUGUUUACUGGGAGGUACCUGGGGAUGAGGAGUGCAGCAUGUACUGUUUGAAUGACUCGAAUGCUAAGUCUGUGACAGACCCCUGAUCCACCACAGCAAACACCAAGGGACAGUGCAGACAACCAGGUGUAUAAUUAGCCUCUUCCUUUUGGAAGUCCCUUGGCUGUUUUUUUGUGAUCUCCUUCUACGCUCUCAAGUACACAAGAGGUUUGUGGUUGUCUGGAAACGAUAACAUUUGCUACCAUCAUCCGUCUGGAUGCAAAGAUUCUUCAUAGAGCCUUCUGUGGCCUUAUUUUUCUCUUCCCACAUCCUUCUCCGUUGUGGGGUUAGCCUAGAGGAGAGAGACUGUUCACAUCCCACUGCAUACAGGACAAGAGGCGACAUAUGUGGUUAGAAGUGGCAGCAAAAUUCUCCAGAGUUCAGGACUUGGAUAUGAGCUACAGAGCUUGUAAAAGAUCGCCAAAAAAAAGAAGCGAGCUUUGCAAGCCCCAAAUGUCUUCACUGUCUCAGGUUGAAAUCUGAGCCAGAGAAUUCCUGGCUUUCCCCCUGCUUGUCCCCAACGGUCCACCUGCCAUCCCACCCUGCAGGUGUCUAGAGUAAAAGUGGUAUGUGCAGAAGAAAAAAGAGGGGAAGGAGGUUGUCUUUUUCCUUUCCUUCCUCUUCAUCUCCCAGCGCUCUGUGUUGGAGUCCAAAGCCUGAAAAAUUAUGAGAAAUGUAGUUCUCCUGGCGUUUGCUUGCAAUGUAUUUUUCCAAACUCUCAGAUUGGUUUGUGAUGUCCCCUCUUGAUUUCCCCUCCCCCCUUUUUCUGGGAAAUAUGGGAAAUUCAGUUGCUCCAAAAAGACCUUGCAAUGCAGUGCUCUCAGAUUGGUCUUGGAUUUUCCCCAUUUUUUCUCUAGAAAAGCCCUGAACCAGAGCCAAUCUGAAGAGGGUUUUUGAAUGCUCUUUCAUCUCUACGUGUGCUGGAUCCACUUGUGGCAGCAGCGUCUAGGGUCAACCCUGGUCAGGAAUAGCAAAAUGCCCAAGAUUCUGAAUGCCAGCAUGUGAUUAGCAAGCUGAAAGAUUUGUGACAAUGCAGUUGGAGAAAGGGAGAUUUGGAGCACAUGCUUAGAUCUCUCCCGUUUGAAAUCAGUGGAUAUUAAAAGUGCUUAAUGAUAGACUGAGCUUCCAAUGUUUUUCAUUUCUUUUAAUAAUCUGCAAAGGCACAGUCUUUAGGGGAAGGGCUGCAGCGGCUCAGGGGCAGAGCAUCUGCUUUACAGGAAGAAGGUCCCAGCUUCAAUCCCGAGCAUCCCCAGGUAGGGCUGGGAAAGACCCCUGCCUGCAAUCCUGCUGAGCCUCUGCCAGUCAGUGCUGGCAAAUACUGAGCUAUGUGGACCAACAAUCUGAUGUAAACCUAGACGGAACGCAGGACCUGAUGCAAGAUGUAAGUGUUUCUGAACAGGAUGCAAAUAGCACCCACCUUGCUAACAAUUUUUAACUUAUAUAUGUAUGUGAGAAAUGCCCUAAAAAUUCAACGCAGUCACAUGUUACUUCAAAAGAUAAACUUCUAAAAAUAAAUAUGGGGGAACUGGUUAAAUGGAAAUUGGUUAAUGAAGAGAGCCAAUGAAGCUAUAAAACUCAAGUGUUGCCCAAAUGAGAAGAGUCUGGUUAAAAAAAGAAAGAGUAAGCUGUCAAAAAAAUAUAUACACGUACUUGUGAUUAACAAAACACAGGUUUUAAUUUUAUGAAAGAUAAGGAAGUGAAAACAGUGCUAGAGGAGAAUAUACAGGAACUGAAGAGAAGGUGGCUAAAUUCUGUCUUCAUGGCAGAAGAUGUAAGACAUCAGAUACACAAGCUUCAACUGAUGAUCCAGCAAUGGAGGCUGGUCCAACAGAGGCACUGCCCCCACCGACUUCAGGCUACCUACAGUCUGAAGAACUGAGUCAAAUAGAGGUGCUGAGACACAAAGUUCUAGGGCUUAUCAGUGAACUAAGAAUGAAUAAAUCGCCUGGUCCGUAUAUCACCCAUCCAAGAGAUCUUAAGGAACUCAAAUAUGAAGUUGCUGAACUUCUAAUAGAAGCAAAGAUUCUUGUGGCAUCUUAAAGAUUUAUUGUGGCUAAACUUUUGGGGGCUGGAGUUAUGCAUAAAGUGUAAUACUCAGCUGGCAGAUGCACACACACAAAUGUAAAGCAAAAAAAAAGGUUAAACGGCAACAAAAUGCCAAAGGAACUUGUCUCUAAAUUUAGCCUCUGACCAGAGUACUGAAGGAUAGCUAAUAUAUACACUAGCUUUAUGACUUCUUUUUUUUCCAGGAGAAGCUAGGCAAUUAGAGGCUAUUUGCGUCAAUUUUUGUUCCAGGUAAAUUGGUGGAAAGCUGAUGGACUGCUUACGCAAGGACUUCAAAGUGAUAGCAAACAUGCUUUUAUCACAUCUGACAUCACAUCUGACAUAAGGGAUGGGGCAAGUGGGCAUGGUUUGGGGAAAAUGCCCCCCUAGGUCAAAUUAGGACCCCUGCCAGACCUAAUUAGGUAUAUGGGCUAGAGGUUUCCCACCCUUGUUGUUAAUAAACGUAUUUUCACACAAUGCAACAAAUUUCUGCAGUGUUUCAUCCUUUACAGAAACUGACUGCGUUAAACUCCCCUUUCUCUAGUCGUGGAUGGAGAGCUGUCCAUUUUAAAUUAGGGAUGGAGGGGAAAGUCAAUGCAGUUUGCAGUGGAAGCCAAAAUAAUCCAUAGUUUCCGAAACAAGAUGUGAACCGAAAUACCACUAUUCUUUAAAACUCAUAUUGCUCUGAAUUUUGCAUUGCAGUUCUUCAGCCAAGUAAUAUGUCCAAGAAUGCAUAUACUAUAGUAAAGUAAGCAUAAAGAUGAUAUAUUGGUGAAAAUAACAUGCAAAAAUGUAUUAUAUUAGGGGAAAUUGCUUUGCUGAAAAGUGUAUAUUAGGCACAAUUGUAUAAAAACAUGUAUAUUAGGAGAAAUUUGCGCUGAAAUGCUGAUUCAUUUUCAUGAGGACUUUUUAAUAAUAACAAUAACAAUAAUAAAUCACAAACUGAGGUGGAAAUGUGGAGAACUGAACUGGAAAAAUGAGAAACUGAAAAAAACCCAAAACUGGCAGAUUCACCCAUC